GUAUGUAUGUAUGAUUUUGUUCCAAGAAUCAUGCUAUCUAAUAUUAGUUUGUGCGGUUCUUUCAUGGGUUUUGAUUUUUUUUUUUUUUAAUUAAAAAAGUUCAUUUGAUUGGCCUGUGCAGUGAAACAACAUGGACUUUUCAGAAUCUGCAAGAAUUGUGAUAAACAGGAUCAAGAAAAUGGAGCCAGAGAAUGGUGUUAAGAUUACUGGCUAUCUUCUUCUGAAAGAACUUAGUGAUGAUGAAAUGCUUCAGUUGGCUAUGGGUCCUGAUAUGGUCAUCCAGGAAUUGAUUUACAAAGUAAAGCUUGAAAUUCAACAACUAGCUGCCUUAAGGGCUGCUGCAGCUGCUUCAUCCCCGAGUUCUCCUUCAUUGAACUCAGUUCCUGCUUCAGAAUUUCCCUCACAGUUCAGUCCUUUCUCACAGCCUAUCUCAUCCAGGCCUUUCGUGCCAUCAGCAAACUUUCGGGUCCAAUCUUCAUAUUGGGAGUCACAAGUAGCUCCCAAGCAGAACUCGGAUUUUGUGCCGUUAGUUUACUCUGACUCUGUGUCUGAACUGCAGAAUCAAGCUCAGCUCUUGAGUUUAGAUGAUCAAGUGGAGUCUGUUAACUUGGGAUUCUCCAAUGAUUACUAUUACUCAGAAGCUGCAUUUGGUAAUGCAGGUGCAAGAACAGGCCGUAGGCAUCAAAAUGUGCAUGACUUUCCUGCCAAGAUUUGUCACUACUUCAACAAGGGGUACUGUAAGCAUGGAGGUAACUGCAGGUAUUUCCAUGUGAUUACAGAUAACUUGCCUCAAAUGUUUGGCCAUAAUUCAAUGGAUGUGAGCAAUGAAGACCAGGUUUUGUCACCUGGGUCACUUGAGAAGAUAGAGCUGGAAAUCGUGGAGCUCUUAAAAUUGAGAAGGGGGAAUCCUGUUUCUAUUGCAUCUCUCCCCAUGUUAUACUAUGAGAAGUAUGGGAAAGUUCUUCAGGCAGAAGGUUAUCUCACUGAGAGCCAGAGACAUGGCAAGGCUGGUUACAGUUUGACAAAGCUUCUUGCAAGGCUGAAGAAUAGUAUUCGGCUAAUUGACAGGCCUCAUGGACAGCAUGCAGUAAUCUUGGCAGAAGAUGCACCUAAAUACAUGGAAAACCGGAAUGAGAGAAAUGAUCCUGGUCCAAUUGUUAGUGGAUCCCGGCAGAUUUAUCUCACUUUUCCAGCUGAGAGCACCUUCACUGAAGAUGAUGUCUCGAACUACUUCAGCACUUUUGGACCUGUUGAAGAUGUGAGGAUUCCUUGCCAACAGAAGAGGAUGUUUGGAUUUGUAACCUUUGUGAGUGCAGACACAGUCAAAAUGAUUUUGGCAAAGGGAAAUCCGCAUUUUGUCUCUGGGGCUCGAGUCCUUGUGAAACCUUACCGGGAGAAAUCCAAGCUGUUUGACAGGAAGUACCAAGAUAGAAUAGACCCAUCUAUGUACUAUUCUCCGCACUAUAUUGAGAUGGACUCUGAGCUUCACUCUGUUCCAAGAGGAUAUGAGACCUCCAGGUUGUUUAGGAAGCAGAUAACAGAAGAUCCAGAACAAUCCCUUGAAUUCGAGAGGAGGCGUCUUUCAGAGCUGCAUUUGGCACGGAAACCUUUGGCUAAUCAGUCUCAUUUUGGCUACUCUAUGGAUGGAUUCCGAACACAAGAAGAUCAACAUUUCUCAUCAGCAGAACAGUUCAAUUUUUUGCUUGAGCUUCUUAAUACCAACUCUGGAUCUGAUGAGAAGAUCAAGCAUGUAGAGACCAACUACACUGACCAAGAAAGCAGCGAAGGACUUAAUCUGCCUGAUAGCCCCUUUGCUUCUUCUCUAGCUAGUGGCAUCUCUGCUCUCCUUUAGGGUCAGCAACACACAAAAUAAAGUUAAGAGUACGGGUUCAAAGGUGAUAUCUUUGGUUUGACACAUACCUCUUUUGUUUUUCGCCUUUGUUUGUUAAUCAAUCAAAAAGGCAGUCUCCUGCUAGUACAUACAGGAGCAAAGAAGAAUACAACAACAGCAACAACAACAAUAACAGUAACAAUGGAAGCAUCUGAUCCCUGUUUUCUUCCUGUUUUUAAGUGGCAAAGAAGUAGUGUGAUACAUAGGAGUACAUAGAAGAAGGGUUCUACACUUUAUGUUAAGUACAGUACAGCUACAAGGCAAGAAGGGCCUGGAUCUUUAGGUGUAGUAUAGUCUUUUUUAGCUGAGGAAAGUGAACUAGAACAGCUAUGCAGGGAGGCUUAAAUUAAUGUUUAGAAUCUCUGUGACGCCUAUGGUUAGACAUUCAAAAUAACUUUUAAUGAGAGGUAGCUAUCUUAUAACAGUUCAUACCAAGUUCCAUUUUGCUUUCAUCAAUUUUCUGCACUAUAGUUGUUUCUUUCAUUUGAUGCCCCAAGUUUAUGCACACCACUAUACUCAUCAUAUCCUCGUGAUGAUGUUGCGAUAUAUGGGAACUGUUGCAUUGAUGCUUUCAACUAGUAAUAUUUGAUUAUGCUUUGGGCUUACAUUUAUGAUGGAGAGAAGAAACUUAAACUAAACUUUGCAGGGGGAAGGCGGUCAACAGACCCACAUUGGAGACAGAGCAAUGUGACAUUUUGUUCUAUGCAUUUGCCGGCUGACCCAGUUUAGGAUUCUUAAGCCCCCAAACUCCAAGAGACAAUGCCUUAAACAUAAGGGCUCUGGUACCCCCACUACAAUAAAUAUGCCCUAAAAUCCAGUUUGGUCUAAUUGUUGUUAUGCCGCACGAAUAUUUGUCUAAUAUGAAAGACAAAAACGUAAUGCCAUAAUUAGAGC